AUGACAAGUGUAUCUCUCAAGUUUUGCAAGAAUUGCUACAUGCUGCCUUCACUUGGACAGCUGGCAUCUCUAAAGUCCCUCCGCAUUGAAAGGUUUGAUGAGCUGAAGAGCAUUGGCAAGGAGUUUUACAAGAAUGAAGGCCAUCAACAUUCUUUGCCUAUUGCACUGUUUUCCUCACUGGAGGAAUUGAUAUUUUAUAAUAUGCCAAGUUGGGAGAAGUGGCAGUUACCUGGCUCGGAAGCCUUUCCUCAGCUUAAGAGGCUUGAAAUAAGAGAUUGUCCAAUGUUAAAGGGAGAUAUGGUUAAUCAGGUAUUAAUGAGAAUUGUUUCUUCCUCAUCGGAUGUUUCCAAAGUGCGCCAACUGAAAAUACAAGAACUUGAUGAAGGAUGGAGUAAAGAGAUGAGACUUGAUGGGGAUAGUUUAACAAUUAGUGGAUUUGAAUCUGUGGCGGAGUGUGCAUUUAAGGCAAGGAUCAUCCACCAUCUAACUUCCCUCCAAGAAAUACUCAUCUCAUGGUGUUCAUCUGUUGUAUCCUUGGGGGGCAAUUGUUUACCCAAAUCUUUGCAAAAGCUCACAAUCUUUAAUUGCCGCCAAAUUGAAUUACUCCAGCCACAACACAAGUAUGAUCUGGUAGAUCUACAAAUAUAUCAAAGCUGUGCUUCACUGACUUCAUUGUCGUUGGAUGCCUUUCCCAAUCUCGAGAAUCUGGAGAUAGAAUGGUGUUCAAAUCUGGAAUCAGUUUCAAAGUCAGAGCCACCACACGCUGCUCUUCAACGUCUCACCAUCAGUCAAUGCUCCAAAUUUGUGUCAUUGCCAUCUGACAUGAAUAGUCUUCUCCCAAAUUUACACUCUCUGGACAUACAAGGUUGCCCAAACAUUUGUAGGUUGCCAGAGGGUGGUUUGCCGGCUAACCUGAAAGAGCUUAGUGUAGGAGAUUGCGAGGAACACGUGAGGGGUCUAUCAUGGUUGGGCAACUUGGACAACCUCACUCAUCUCACCAUUUCUGGUCUUGGGUGUGAGAGCAUAAAGUCAUACCCAGAGGUGGGUUCGCUGCCUCGCCUUCCCUCCCUCACCACUCUACAUAUCCAAGACUUUCAUAAUCUGGAGACAUUGGAGUGCAACCAGCUUCUUCGCCUCACCUCCCUCCAACAGUUAAUAGUUGAAGACUGUGAGAAGCUGAAGAAUAUGGAAGCAGAAAAGCUGCCUCCCUCUCUCUUAAUACUUCAACUUGAUUUCUGUGGUUUGCUGGGCGAACACUGCGAGAACAAGCAUCAACAAAUUUGGUCCAAAAUUUCCCACAUCCCCACCAUUCAAGUCAAUCGCAGACAAGUUUUCUGA